GGUCCGACAGACAUGGCGUGUUCGCGAACAGGCGGCACCGCAGGCUCAACAAUGUUUUCUCUAACACGGCAAACAAAGCUCCGCCCGUGGAUAUGCUGUUUAUUUAUGGUGAUGUCUUUGACAUCGCUGCCAGUCUCGGCAAAGCGGGACAGCCUCAAAGAAGUGACCGACGGGAACUGGGAGGAAAUCAUGACAGGAGAAUGGAUGAUUGAAUUCUACGCACCAUGGUGCCCAGCAUGCCAGCAGCUCCAGCCGGUGUGGAAGGAGUUUGCGGACUGGGGGGAGGACAUGGGGGUCAACAUAGCCAAGGUGGACGUGACAGAUCAACCCGGGCUGAGUGGGCGAUUCAUCAUCACCUCACUUCCUACUAUUUACCACUGCAAAGAUGGCAUCUUCCGGAAGUACCAGGGAGCUCGCACUAAAGACGACUUCCUCAGCUUUGUUGAUGAGCAGAAAUGGAAAGCAGUAGAGCCAAUUUCCUCCUGGUUUGCGCCAUCUUCGUUUCUAAUGAAUUCAAUGUCUGCUUUGUUCAAGCUCUCCAUGUUUAUCCGGCGUUGUCAUAACUACAUGACAGAGCAGCUGGGGAUUCCUGUUUGGGGUUCCUAUGUUAUCUUUGGCUUGGCCACUCUGUUCUCUGGCCUCGCAUUGGGACUGUUACUGGUGUUCAUCGCAGAUUUUGUCUUCCCCUCACGAAGAUUUUCUUCUCCGGAUUACUACCAGAAAAAACAGUCAAUGCAGCAGGCGAGGUUACUCCAACGACAAGAGGACGAACAUGAGGCCGAUGGCGAGGAAGAUGACGAUGAAGAGGAAGAAGAGCAGGAUGAUGUCUGGAGGAGGAGGAGAGGGUCCCCAGAGGGCCGCCCAGAACCUAAGGGACAGGGUUUCUCUGAUGAAGCUCUGAGGAAGAGGGUGGUGGGCAACCGUGAGGAGGAGGAAGAUGAGGAGGACACCUAGAGAGUCACAUGGCCGUUACUCCUUUGAGUAGAGCACCAUGGAGUCAGCGGAGUCGGAGGAGCCUCGAUCCUGAGCAGCAAUGUUUACAGCAGGGAGCCCUAAAUCCCCCCCUCACCUCCCCUCCUCCUCCUCCUUGCUUCUUUUCUUCUCCUUCCCUUGUUUCUAACGGGAGCGCUUUAAGACUCUCACCACUGCUCUCGCUGCCUGAGCAGCAGGCUUCACCUGGAAAAAGCAAAAGUCCUCCUGACACCUGUUUUCACUUGUGGAAGCAUCUCGCCUGGCUGAGGUUUGGGUAGGAAGUGCAGUAAAGAUGGGUUUGGCAAUGUUGUUUAUGCUAUGCAUCGUUUUUUAAAGAAUUGUUUGUUAUUAUGUCUUUAUCUCCAAUUUGUUGUACCAGGCUUGGGUUUUAGGUUUAUUUUGUUGAAUUUUACUAUUCAGCUAAUGUUUAUCUACAGUAUUUUUUGUAUGUAUGUUUUACAAACCCAGACAUUUCAUGUCAACAUAACAAUGUUCACAAAUAACGGAGAAAAGAGUGAAAAGAAAUGUCCAUGAAAUGUUCCAGCUGAAACCCUUAAGAUGACACCAGUGGUUACCAUGGUAACAUCAAGUGCAGCUUAAUACUACAGCGAACACUCGUGGGGCCGAUACUUAGUCAGAAACUAAGUGAAGUAGGUUACCUUGCUGAAGAGCAGGAGGUGUGCAGCCUCUGCCCGCAGCUCUUCCUCCUCUUCCAGUACUCCCCUGCAAAAAUCCAUGAACAAAUGCUGAGAAUGACAAACGCUGUCAGUGCUAACCUUGGUGACAGAUACAUUGCUUCACAAUUAUAUCCACCCCGAGUCGCCAGUUGAAUGCUUUUAGUGUGAAGCAGGAGCAAAUAUUUUGUGUGAAUUAGAAGUAAUUUAACACUCUGCUACAGCGUUAGCAGAGGGAACAGUAAACACAGAGGCUGAUAUCAGUGAGAUAAAAUUAAAAACAGUAACUCUGGAUUACGUGCAUGUUUCCUGAGAAUCCUUCGUGCGUGUGAAGGUAGUUUAAAUCCAGUGCAGGAAUGGCGGACUCCGUCACCACUACAGGUACAUGCAGAAAACGAGAUCCUGCUCGGUAGAUGCUGAUUUAAAAAAGGAACAGUUUUCAUUUCAAAUAAAAUGCCUUGUUAAUGUUGUCCUGAAGAUACUUUACGUCCCCAUAAUGUGUCACACAAUCAAUGUGAGGUUUUAUUUUUUGUUCCUAAUGUUUAAUGAUUUUCUUAAUAUUAAAGAAUGUUCACUUUAAGAACCCAGAUGUGUUGUGGACCUGGCAGUAGGUCUGCAGUUCAAUAUGUGCAUGCUGUAUUAAAUUCAAAGAGAGGAACAAGUUAGGGACUCAAGCCCCUUUUUUAUAAGUGGUUAUACACAGAGAGAAGUCUGGCAUAUCCGUCCUAACGCUGCUCUGCGGAACAGCAAGAGGACCUGAAUGAAGCCGUCUGCUCGACAAAGGGAGGCAUAAUUCAUCCUGCUGUAAUCUUCUUUUAACUGCUUUUAACUGGACAUUUACCCUGUAGCCGUUUUCCAUUUUAGGCUCAGAAAGUCAAAUUAAACCACAGUUUCUGGUCUGAAUUUAUGUAGAGAAGUGCCGUUUUGUGUUCAUUGGUUUCUCAUUGAAAUCACAAACACAGUGGCACUUCUGCUGUGGGCAUCUUUUUGGAAUACGUAUGCCACUCGAAGCUCAGCCUGUAUCCAUUUCAGUCUUUUACAGCAAAAAGGUGUGUGCAUGCGUGCGUGCGUGUUUAAAUGACCAAUGUUUUAAAUACACUUUUCACCAUUUCACUCUCUUGGUGUGAUGAGGUUUAUGAUGACUGCUGUUUAUUUUUAUCCUGCUUUCUAUUCCAAAAAGCUCAACUGCUCAUUUCUGUGAUGGUUGAAACAGGUUGUUUUUUUACCCGACCACUAUAAACAGCUUGUAGCAUUUACGCAUUACUCUGAGCCGCCUGUGCUCCUUCAUCGUUUGAACAUUUCUUUAAAUAAAGGGUUAACUC